CUCCAUCAGAUGCUCUCUAUCAGAGAGGAUGAUUGCGCAUCAUCAGGGGAGAAAAAGCACGGUGCCUGAGUUUAGUGCUCCUUCUCCUGUCUCGGGUGGCCCGAUUUGGCAUCCUCCCCAUACCCCAUACGAUUCUGUACCCCAGUCCAUGCUCCCCACACUGCAUGUCGGCCCUUCCCUCGCCAGCUCCACCGUGCCAACGGCUUGGACGCCCGUGGACGCCCUUGACGUUGAGGCGGUCCUUGGCUUGACCCCGGCCCGAGCACGGCAGCCUCCCGGUACCACAUGUUGA